GCGUCCAACUGUUAACUGUAGGAAAUUGGAAUUGUUGCUUCAUCAAAGAUGUCAUCGACGAGAUGCUGAAUUUUCACAUUUAGGACCACUGCUGCAACUGUUUGACUGGGAUAAUAAUCAUAUUAUAUUUCGCAUUCUCAAUAGCGCAUGCUUUUAUAUAACGCGUAAGCGCGCCGAAGGAAUUUGGAAAAUGAUGCUUGGUAUCAAAUUCCGUGAUGCACCGACUCUGCGCAUGCAAUGAAGCAGGGCGAGUUUUUCCGCGGUUAGACGUCGAGAACGCUCCAAUGUUAAUUUUCGUUUUCUGAGAUAGUUAGCUUCGUCCAAACAGCAAUUACAUGGUUAACCGGCAACACCGGAGGCUAGCGAGUAACAUAGUGUCCUUUUUGCGCGUGCUGAACUGGUAGGCCUAUUUAAAUAACGAUCUGUCAUUAUAUUGUCCUCGUUUCAGCGCGCGGUGAUUGCCGUUAUCUGAAUGUCAGAGCAUCCUCGCCCGUGUCCGGUUCGUAUCAGGGUAGCGCUCUCCGCAAGACCGACUAAGACGGAACGGGCUCCCACACACCCCUGCAGUGAAUAGAUCUUUGUGAAAGACGAUUGAUUGAAAAUCGUAAUAUGUCGGGACAGUCCAUCACGGACCGGAUCGCCGCGGCUCAGCACAGCAUGACCGGAUCUGCCAUCAGCAAAGCCGUGUGCAAGGCCACGACGCACGAAGUCAGCGCGCCCAAGAAGAAGCACCUUGAUUAUCUAAUGCACUGCACCAAUGAGCUGAACGUGAAUAUACCUCACUUGGCUGACACAUUGUUUGAGAGGACAGCAAAUCAAAGCUGGGUGGUGGUCUUUAAAGCUCUCAUCACUACACACCACCUCAUGAUUUACGGCAAUGAGAGGUUUAUCCAGUACCUUGCAUCAAGAAGCACACUCUUUAACUUAAAUAAUUUCAUAGAUAAAGGUGCAUUACAAGGUUACGAUAUGUCCAUCUACAUUAGACGUUACAGCAGGUAUCUGACCGAGAGGGCUCUGUCCUACAGACUCGUCGCAGCUGAUUUCACCAAGAUGAAGAGAGGGACGGAUGGAGUGAUGCGCACUAUGAGCAUAGAAAAGCUGAUGAAGACCCUACCUGUCAUUCAGAAUCAGCUGGACGCCCUUCUGGAUUUUGAGGCCAACUCUAAUGAACUGACCAAUGGGGUGAUCAAUUGUGCCUUCACGCUGCUCUUCAAGGACUCUAUCCGCAUCUUUGCUGCUUACAAUGAGGGUGUCAUUAAUCUGCUAGAGAAAUAUUUUAAUAUGAAGAAGAAUCAAUGCAAAGAGGCACUGGAAAUAUACAAGAGGUUUCUUAUCAGGAUGACCAAGCUCUCAGAGUUUCUCAAGGUGGCAGAGUUUUGUUUUCCGUUCUCCCUCCCUUCCUUUUCUUUUGUAUCACAGCAAGUUGGAAUUGAUCAGGUUGACAUCCCAGAUCUCUCACAGGCUCCCAGCAGUCUGUUAGAAGCUCUUGAACAACAUCUGGCUUCUCUGGAGGGCAAAAAAAUGAAAGAGGCUUCUACUGUCAGCAGGGAGGUGGAGGGACUACAGCCUGCAAAGGCUAUUCAGCUCAAAGACAUUGGCAUGCAGACUCCAACAAUAUCCCCCAGCGGGCAGUCUGUGGGCAGUGCCAACAGUAGCUGUGCCAGCAGUGGUGCCACCGAGCUUCUGUCCAGUCCACCUGAUCUAACCAUCACAAACGGUGUGCACAACUUCACCAAUGACCAUUUUGAUCUCCAACACAAUUCUAGCACCCCUGCUCAGACGACUACCCUAGCAGGCAUUAACAACAGCUGGGGAGGAGCUCUUUUGAAGCCCACCCUGUCCUCGCAGGUCCAAAGUCAAGGCACACAGCUCUACAACGGAGGAAAAUUACUUACUAAUGACCUGGACUCAUCCUUGGCCAAUCUUGUGGGCAAUUUACAUUUUGGAGGACCCCCAGCCAAAAAGCCAGAAGUUCAGUGGACUCACUUUGAGAAGAAAUCGUCUGGAGGUUCCCACUGGCAGUCUAAAGCCAUGAAUGGCAUGACACCCUGGAGUCACGCGCACCUGGCCCCUGCUCCCAUACCAAUGCCACAGAUGAAUGGAAUGAUUUAUACUGGCUAUGCACCAGCUCCCGUUGCAUUUCCGAUGACAACCCCCCAAGUGCCUGUGUAUGGGAUGAUUCCUCCUCCUGUGGGCCAGAUGGGGACAGUACCCUUAAUGGCUCCCCAGCAUGUGAUAUAUAACCAGCCCAUCCUGCGCACCACCAAUCCUUUCACCCCAAUCCCUGGAGCUCAGAUGCACUUCAUGUAGCUCUGAGGAUCAUGAUGAACUGACACAUACGCCCAAGGAAAAACAUCAACCAAUCCAAAACCAAAAAUGGCAAGGGAGACAUGAGAAAUGGUUCAACUGGCUCAAAGAGACUGAAGAUGUUCAUGUGGCAUUUCCCCUCUUAGCCUGUGUGUUUGUAACAUACCCCAUCCAUCCAGCUACAUAACAGUCCUCCGUCAUUUACAUGUUACCUUUAAUUUCUAAGUGUCAAAAUCUAGUGUUUUUAGGCAGCCCUCUUUGAUGAUGUCACUGGCUGAUGCAAACGGAAUGACAAUGUACAGUGAAUUGCAGUGGAAUGAAAAGUUGUCAUGAUGUCAAGGCCCUCCCCCUUCCCCUCCCGUUUGGAAAAGUGAUUGUUGUAAUUGUGCACACUUGAAUCAGUGUUUAUAAUGUCUAAACCAAGCCACGGUUUUGUAUGCGCAUUGCCUGAAUAGUGUUUCGAAUCAACCACUGUCAAUGUUGAUUGUGCCACAGCGGCUGGCAUCUCAGUUUCUUGAGUCUUGGAGAAAUGUGUACAGGUCACUUUUCGUACAUUUGUCUUGUCCCCAAACAUUUUGGAUUUCACCUUAAAAGUUCGAUUUGUUUCUACAUGACUUGUAAUGCCUCAUUCAGGUAUGGUAAGGUAUGGCUGUUUGGAUUAAAGUAAAAUACAGCAGUA